AUGGCGACAGUACACACACAAGGCCAGGACCACGACAGAAUACUGUCAGCUGAUGGCGAGGGACAGUCUGAUACAAACACCCUCCACCUCACAAUGCCGCCCAACACUGCGCGGACAGCAAAGGACGAUGAGACCUCGGCUGCCCAGAAAAUGUUGUCUGCUGUGACCGGCAGCAUCUUGACCUCAUUGCUUGUAACACCCCUAGACGUCGUCCGCGUACGACUACAAUCCUCCUCCCCAAGUCCGUCCCCCUCUGCACGAUUACCUGCCUUCGUCCAAUUGCCUCCCAAUCUCGGUGUCACUGCCUGUUGUCGCGAGGUCUUCUGGGUGCAAAACCAGUCACAAUUCUGCGUUGCUUCACCUGCAGUCAUCGAUGAAAGGGUCAUCUCUGACUGUGCGGCAGAAGAGACUCAACGCAAGACAUUCAACUCCACCCUCGAUGGGAUCCGGAAGAUCGCUAGAAACGAAGGCAUCUGCACACUAUGGCGAGGACUCAGCCCGACCCUGCUGAUGAGCAUACCCGCAAACGUCAUAUACUUUGCUGGAUACGAUUGGCUGAGGCAUAGUCAGAGGAGUCCGAUGAAGGAUCAUGUUAGUGAUGCGUAUGCGCCGUUGGUGGCAGGAAGUGUAGCAAGAGUGCUGGCAGCCAUUGCUGUCAGUCCGAUUGAGAUGUUGAGGACGAGGAUGCAAGCGACACAGUCGUCGGAAAAGAAUGUCAUGCGCGCGACAAUGUCUGGUCUGCAAGAGAUGGUUUCAUCACAGGGAUACGCCUCGUUGUGGCGCGGCUUGAGCCUUACACUCUGGAGAGAUGUACCAUUCUCAGCCUUGUACUGGUGGGGUUAUGAAUGGGGACGCAAGCGAUUGGACCAGAACCGGGCACACAGCGCAGUCUUCUCUGGCAAGGACGGAUCCCACUACCAAUUACUGCUGGACUCUUUCAUCGCUGGAGCUGGAGCAGGAGGUGUCGCAGCGCUUGUCACAACACCAUUCGAUGUCGGCAAGACCCGGCAGCAGACUGUCAUCAACUCGACCAUGUCCGCAGAGAAGAGACGGAACCUGCCAGAAGGACGAACAAUGCCACGCUUUCUUUGGCACAUCUACAAGACCCAAGGCACAUCUGGACUCUUCAAAGGCUGGGCAGCCCGAUGUUUGAAGGUCGCGCCGGCUUGCGCCAUCAUGAUCUCGAGUUAUGAGAUCGGUAAGAAGAUGGCCGUGACGGUGAAUGAUAAGAAGCAUCAAGGGUUGGAAGACUGA